AUGAGGAUUUUUAGACCGUGGAGACUGCGCUGCCCUACCCUGCACCUGCCGUCACUCCCCGUGUUCUCGCUCAAGUGGAGCUUGCCCUCCCUCGCCCCUGACGAGACCAUGUGUAAAAGUGUGACCACAGGUGAGUGGAAGAAAAUCUUCUAUGAGAAGAUGGAGGAGGCAAAGCCAGCGGACAGCUGGGACCUCAUCAUAGAUCCCAACCUCAAGCACAACGUGCUAGCUCCAGGCUGGAAGCAGUACCUGGAGUUGCAUGCUUCGGGCAGGUUCCACUGUUCCUGGUGCUGGCACACCUGGCAGUCGCCCCACGUGGUCAUCCUCUUCCACAUGUACCUGGACCGCGCCCAGCGGGCGGGCUCGGUGCGCAUGCGCGUCUUCAAGCAGCUGUGCUAUGAGUGUGGCACUGCGCGGCUGGACGAGUCGAGCAUGCUGGAGGAGAACAUAGAGUGCCUGGUGGACAACCUCAUCACCAGCCUGCGCGAGCAGUGCUACGGCGAGCGCGGCGGCCAGUACCGCAUCCACGUGGCCAGCCGCCAAGACACCCGGAGGCACCGCGGCGAGUUCUGCGAGGCCUGCCAGGAGGGCAUCGUGCACUGGAAGCCCAGCGAGAAGCUGCUGGAGGAAGAGGCGACCACCUACACCUUCUCCCGGGCACCCAGCCCCACCAAGCCACAGGCCGAGGAGGGUUCUGGCUGCAAUUUCUUCUCCAUCCCCUGGUGCUUGUUUUGGGCCACGGUCCUGCUGCUAAUCAUCUACCUGCAGUUCUCCUUCCGCAGCUCCGUCUAA